AUGAAAUCGACAUUAGAGGAAUGCUUAGACAGCAUCAUCUGCAAGAUAAACUCAUCAAAUGGCCAAAAGGUUUAUGAAGGUCUUAAAGAGUUAGACAAGCUGUUUUAUGAUUUGUGCAUUCUUGCAAACCCGAAUAAUACAUCCAAUACGCAUAGAAGGAGUCGAAGUAGUAGUCCUAGGUCUUCAUCUACAGAGUACAAUUCUCCAAAGCAUAGAUACAGCAAGUCAUCAUCCAGUAUUUCUACAUCGACAUCAUCAAAUCAAAGUUACCGAUAUUUAUACUCACCAGCGAUGUCGUCUACGUCAUCACGCUCGUCGUAUUCAUCUGACAAUUCUACGCCUGAUCCAGAACCGAAUAUUAAUGUGACAUCGGUUACUAGAAAGUGGAAAAUUCCUACUCCAAAAGACCCAAUAUUUGGCGAUUUUAUUUCUUUACAAAACAGCUUUGAAUAUAAUAUGACUACACAUUUGUUAAAUGUCCUUCGCAGCUCAAUAAAUUCAUCCGAACAGAAUUCAAACCUGGAUCCAGUGCGGACUUCAUUACUUCUAAAAAACUUACAGGCGUGUCUUCUCUUACAUCCCCAAUCACGGGCAAUCUUUGGGAAGCCUUAUAACCUAAUGUUGCUUUUAGAUCUUCUGAAUUCAACAAUUGACAGUGACAUUGUAAUAGCAUGCAUUCCGGCCUUAGUUAGCGCCAUGGUAAGAAACGUCAAGGUGAUACGUACAUUUGAAGAUUUAAUGGGGCCAAAAAUAAUUUGCGAUCUUUUGAAAACAAAGGCAAGAGAAGACAGUGUAAGGAGUCGUCAGAAUCAGAAAAGAAAGUUAGAGGCGGAUAAAGAGUUAGAGAAUAUUAGAGAAGUUCAGGUUAAAGUGUUAGAAUUUUUAUUCUUUUACCUGAUUCCAGAAGCACCAGCAGCAACUGGGACAACACAAAAAACGCCUAAGGAGAAACAUGGAAUAGAUGGAAUCAUAAGGCGAAGUACAGAAAGCAAGAUGAAAAUUCUAAACCACUAUCUAAAUAAAGAAGUAACAGACAGUCUGGUGAAAGAAUUGAUGGAAAGCAAACCUUUUGGUGACAUGAAUAUUUGUUGGUAG